GUUUACAGCUGAGUUGAUCUUCCAAAUCUCCGCUUCAGGCCGGAGGCCCUUUUGUUACCUGCCAUUCGAUCUCCUCACCUCCUCUCACCGAUCUAAUUAGCCUCUCCUGCGCCAUGGCAUGAGCCGGAUGCUGUCGUCUUCCUCCACCAGUCUCUACAUGACAAAAACGAGUUUCUGGCACUUGUUUUGAGCUCCUGUGGCAUUUUCAUCGCCCCUCACUGCCUCAUCUCUCUCUUGGGUUCCCUGUCUCUAGCUCUCUCUUUCUUGGAUUUGGAUGAAUGGAGACGGCGAUGGCCGUGGAGAAGCUGCUGGAGGUGGCGGAGUCGGAGGUGGUGAUCGAGUUCAAGCCCGGCACCAAGUGCCGGUCCACCCUACACCUCCGCUCCCUGCACCCGAGCUCCGCCGUCGCCUUCAAGGUGCAGACAUCCUCCCCUGCCAAGUUCCACGUCAACCCACCCGCCGGCGUACUCGCGCCGCACGCCUCCGCUGCCCUGCACGUCAUCCUCCGCCCCCAGCCACACCCGCCGACCGCCUUCCCCCGCUCCCCUUCCGAUCGAUUCCUCAUCAAGGCAUCUCUCUCUUCCGACCGCGGCGAUUCUGCCACUCCCUCCCACUCCCACGACGUGAAGCUCAAGGUCGCCUACGUGGGCCCAUUCCUUCUCCGCCACGCGGCCGCCCUCGGUGACGCAGCCGCCGUCCGCCACCUUCUGCGCCGCCAACCACACCUACUUCCUCUCCUGCCUCCCGAGGCGCCCGCGACGCCGGCGGCUGCGGCCACGCCUAAGGGCUGGACGGGUGUCCACGCGGCGGCGGCGGCCGGGGAGUGGGAGGAGCUGAGGCGGAUGCUAGAGGAAGAGGAGGAGGAGGCCGCAGUCGCCGAGGUGGUGGAGGCGAGGGACGCGGAGGGGCGGACGCCGGUGAUGGUGGCGGCCGGGAAAGGGCAUCUGAGGUGCGUGAGGGAGCUGGUGGAGAAGUGGGGGGCAGAGAAGGACGCGCGGAGCCGCGACGGGCGUACGGCGCUGUACCGCGCGGCGUCGAACGGUGACGCCGACACGGUGGCAGCGCUUCUGGAGAUGGGCGCCGACGCCGGCAUCGCCACCGCCCGAGGCCGCACACCGCUCGACGUGGCUCGGGACAAGGGACAUCAGGAGGUGGUGGAGCUACUGGAACGCGGGGAGAUGGUGUUGACGGCAUCGAGGAAAGGAGACCUGCGGCGGCUGGAGUGCCUGCUGAGGAAGCGCGUCGGCGUCCACAGUCGCGACCAGUACGGCCUGACGGCGCUCCACGCGGCGGCGAUCAAGGGACACCGCGACGCGGUGGCACUGCUGGCCGACUUCGGCAUGGACUUGGAGUGCCAAGACGUGGAGGGGCACACGCCGCUGCACCUGGCGGUGGAGGGCGGGUGCCUGGAGACCGUGGAGACGCUCAUCGACAUGGGCGCCAACGUCAACGCCAAGACCAACAGGGGAGCCACGCCGCUGGUCAUGGCGAGGUCCAUGGGCUACGAGGCCAUCGCGCAGCUGCUGGCGACGAGGGGAGCCGUGUCCUCCUCCUGCAUUGCCUCCUCCUCUUCCUCCUCAACUUCAUGAAAUUUAGAUUUCAAGUCUGGUGUGAUAUCACUUCCUCCUGUAGGUUUCGAUGCUCUCAUCUGGGGUUCAUGAGACGCUGCCUGCCAUGAAAGAAUUGUUUCGUAUCUCAGAUUCAGAGCGCAUUUUAUAGUCUCA